GACAAUCAAGGAGCUUACUCUCUAUUUCACAAAGCCUCCAUGAAGCUCACAAAGAGACAAUAAUCUUGUUGACAGAUCCUCUCUUUGAUGUACCACGAAGUGAAGCACUGCUCCUUACAAUAUCGCAGAACAAUCGCAUUGACUGGGCGUAAGCUGCCAUACAAAUACUCGGCGUCUAGCACUACUCGAUCAAUCUAUCUGCUUCCAAGUUAUCGAUUCUAUUACUCUGUAAUUCUAGAGAGAAGAUUUGUUGAGCAGUCUUCUUUCCUAGAUAUCUAAGUACCUGAGUGAUAGUCUCAUGAUUACACACACUUCCAACCAUCUACUAUUACCUAGGUAAAAUACCGCCAAUAUGCCGUGCACCUGCAAACGCUUAACAAUCCGUUACGCUUGCCGUCACAAGGAGCGAGAGUUUGAUAGAUGUUGGCGGUAUCAGUUUAAGAAGGACUUCCCAUGUCUCGGCAUGAUCGUCUCAAACUGCGAGGCCCACGUAACGCACACCACGGUACCCCGAGUUUGUAGGAGAUGUUUCGAGUUCUUUCUCGGCGCAUUCGGAAGGAAGGCUGCUUAUCACGUAAGUAAAAAGUUCCUCGAGUUUAAAGGAAAUAAUGGACUCUCAAGGGAGGUCAUUGACCCUGCAACGGUUCCCCCUGAGGCGUACAUCUCAUCAGCAGAACUAGCUACGCUAGACUCUACUACCGCCUAUUGGAGUGGACAGCCAAUUGGGCAGCCGUUUCAUCCCAGAAGUCCGAUGAGAGCAACCAGCUACAGGGAUCUUCCAUCGGCUGACAUUCAACAACCGGAGCCCGUUGUCCACCGGAAACGUCACGGAGAUCGUCGCCCGUCACGAUCUAAGUCGCGGUCAAAGUCUGCCAAGGCCUCCAGAAAGAAGCCAAUUCCAAGGAAGCCAGUCCCCGGUCAGGGCAAAAUAUCCAAGAGGGACAUCUCUAAGCCAAUACUCCCUAUCCCAACCGGUGGAAGCGACUUUGAGUCUUUCCCAGUAAUAUCCGAUAAUACAGUGGUGGAGUACGGAACCAACGAGCCUAUCGAUCUUUCAGAUCUCGUUGAGAACGAAAAUGACAAUGACCUUGAUUAUGAAUUGAUCUACCACGGAAGAGUUUCCAAUCGCUUUCCCCACCAACCACUACCUAUCCGCCUAAAGCCGGUGUCUAAAGAACCCCAUCCUCAAGCCUCGAGUAGUUCACUCGUGAAGAGAAUCACCAAAGCGGCUGAAACGACCAGGAUCAUGGGCUACCCAAACCCAGAGCAUAAGGACUUACCUAGCGUGCCUAAGUUGGGAAAAGCGCCCAAGGUCCCUGCCUGGAGAGUAGAGUCCCCAAGCCCCGAGCCCAGCACGACCAGUGAAGACAGCAAAGGUAAAAGUAAAAAAGGUCGCAGCAAAAGCGCGAUCCCCUUAUCACGCACGCGGGAUCUUUCACCAGUUCCCAGGCUCCCGGCACCGGCCACGGCCACGACCACCGAAACCUACCUGGUACGUGGCAGAACCUCAUCUGAGUUGCUUACUAGACCCAGAGCCACCUCUCUGAGUGACACUCUCCGGAUCUCUCUGCCGCCACGCACGGCCGGGCUCAAGAAUUUCCGCGAGAAGGGUAUUCCGUCGGCGGCGUUCUUGCUUGAAGAAAAUUUCGGAGAGCAAGUACAGGCUGCUGAGGAUUCCCCCACGGUGCUUGUUUCUGUCAGCACACCCUCUCCAGCUUACUCGUGCGCUGUGCAAUCGUGUUACUGCUCGCAGGGGGAUGAUGCCCAAGUAUGCCCCAGCUGUCUCGAAAGGCGGAGAUUGGAGCCUGAAUUACAGUCGAAGUGGCUUUAAAGGGACUUAGGAUAAAGGUAAGAAAGGGUAAGUUCGUUUCAUACUAAUGGUGAUCGCGACAAUCAAGGUAAGCAUAUUUUGCUUCGCUGGCUUCGUCUCCCACUUUCUCAUAUCACCCCAUCUGCAUCUGUACUUGGAAGCGGGACGUGGUAGAUUAAGGGAGCGUGUUUAAAAUCUGUUAUAACGUUAAGGUAAGUAUCUGGAGAUAGGUCAGUAGCGUAAUAUCAACCCUGAAAAUGCUCUGGAUAGCAUUUUUAUAUAACAUACGUUUUCCAU